CGCACGGCAGACGCAGUGGAUGCGUGGACGCACUGAGUUCAUGAAUGGUUGGAAGCGUUUCUUUCUUUACGAGAAGACUCCAGCAGAGCUCCAGCAUGGACACCGAGGGCUGCUCCUCCGGACCGGGGCGCAGCGGGAGGCUCACAUAGAAGUCGCCGACAAGCACCACGACAAUCCUACAGUCAAGUUUAGAGUUUGAAGAAAGACAGCGAUUUGAUCAGCAGCCACGGAUUAAAUAAUGGCUUUAUUGGUUCAUCUGAAGAAGGUCUCCUUUCUUCGCGGCAAAGGGGACCGCAUCGCCAAAGUUACAUUCCGAGGGCUGUCCUUCUACAGCCGCGUGGUGGACAACUGUGACGAGGAGGCCCACUUUAAUGAGACUGGUGGGAACCUUCCAGAUGGUUCUGCAGAAAGUGGCACAGGACGGCCACCUGGAGCUGACUGAAACGCUGGUGGACGACAACAACACCGCCACCAAGACCAGCGUUACCAUAGAGAUCAAGUACCAGACGCUGGACGGCUCGGCGGGCAUGUGGAGUGACGGGGAGUUCCUGGACGUCCCGGAGGACGGGACCUUCUCCUUCGAGACAGAUAGCCUGCUGUCGGGCCAGAGCCACAGCUCUGGGAUGUCCGCCAAGCGCUCCCUCCAGGGCUCCAUCCCCACCUUCCGCAAAGCUGGGAAAGGUGUGUUCUCAGCCAUGAAGCUCGGCAAGAUGAAGAGCUCCAAAGACGACCACAGGAGAGGAGAUGAGCCGGCCGUCCUGGACAUGGAGGAUCUGGAUAGGAGGGCCAUCCGUCUGGCCGGCCCCCUGGACCCCGACACCAUCUCCCUGGCCUCGGUCACCGCCGUCACCACCAACGUGUCCAACAAGAGGUCAAAGCCAGACAUCAAGAUGGAACCGAGCGCUGGUCGACCAGUGGAUUAUCAGAUCAGCAUCACAGUGAUCGAGGCGCGGCAGCUGGUGGGACUCAACAUGGACCCGGUGGUCUGCGUGGAGAUCGGGGACGACAAGAAGUACACCUCCAUGAAGGAAUCCACCAACUGCCCCUACUACAAUGAGUACUUUGUCUUCGACUUCCACGUCCCGCCGGACGUCAUGUUCGACAAGAUUAUCAAACUCUCGGUUAUCCACUCAAAGAACCUUCUGCGGAGCGGAACGCUGGUGGGAACCUUCAAACUGGAUGUUGGCACCGUUUACUCACAGCCUGAGCACCAGUUCUACCACAAGUGGGCCAUGAUGUCGGACCCGGACGACAUCACAGCCGGGUGCAAAGGAUACAUUAAGUGUGACAUCGCCGUGGUUGGGAAGGGGGACACCAUAAAGACCCCGCACAAGGCCAAUGAGACCGAUGAAGACGACAUAGAGGGGAACCUGCUGCUACCAGAGGGGGUCCCAGUGGAGAGACAGUGGGCCAGGUUCUACGUGAAGAUCUACCGGGCCGAGGGCCUACCAAAGAUGAACACCAACAUCAUGGCCAACGUCAAGAAGGCCUUCAUCGGGGAGAGCAGAGACCUGGUGGACCCCUAUGUCCAAGUGCAGUUUGCUGGCCAGAAGGGAAAGACCACAGUCCAGAAGAGCAGCUACGAGCCCAUCUGGAAUGAGCAGAUCAUCUUCACCGAGAUGUUCCCGCCACUUUGCAAACGCAUGAAGGUCCAGAUACGAGACUCGGAUAAGGUCAACGACGUUGCCAUAGGGACCCACUUCAUUGACCUUCGCAAGAUAUGUAACGAGGGGGACAAAGGCUUCCUUCCGACCAUGGGCCCGGCCUGGGUCAACAUGUACGGCUCCACCCGGCAGUACACCCUGAUGGACGAGCACCAGGACCUCAACGAGGGCCUGGGGGAGGGAGUGUCCUUCCGAGCCCGCCUCCUGGUGUCGGUUGCCGUGGAGAUCCUGGACACCACCUCCACGGAGAUCGUCAGCUCCACGGAGGUACAGGUGGAGUCUGUCUCCAACAUCACGGAGAGCGCCACAGGGAAAAUAGAAGAAUUCUUCCUGUUUGGCUCAUUCCUGGAGGCCACCAUGAUUGAUCGUAAAAUUGGGGACAAAUCCAUCAGCUUUGAGGUCACAAUAGGUAACUACGGCAACCAGAUAGACGGGGUGAGCAAGCCGUCGUCAGCCAAGAAGAGGAAGAAAGACGGGGAGAGUGAGGAAGAGGAGUCGGACCUGAUCCAGAACUCCAGCGAGGACGAGGCUGAAGAGGAGGGGGAGCUGCUGUCCGUCUCCUCCACCCCCCCCCUGAAGCCCUUCAUCACAGACAGGAACUACUUCCACCUGCCCUACUUUGAGAAGAAGCCCUGCAUCUACAUCAAGAGCUGGUGGCAGGACCAGCGGCGGCGGCUGUACAACUCAAACAUCAUGGACAAGAUGGCCGACAAGCUGGAGGAGGGUCUGAACGACGUCCAGGAGAUCAUCAAGACGGAGACGGCCUUCCCCGAGCGCAGACUCAGAGGAGUGCUGGAGGAACUGGGCGCAGGCUGCAAUCGUUUCAUGGCGCUGGCUAACAAGGAUAUGAACCAAGCUGGCAGAACUAGGCUGGACAGAGAGCGGCUCAAAUCCUGCAUGAGAGAGAUGGACAGUAUGGGCCAGCAGGCCAAGCAGCUGCGCACGCAGGUGAAGAGGAACACCAUCAAAGAGAAGCUCAAGCUGGUUCAGAACUUCCUGCAGAGGCUUCGCUUCCUGGCUGACGAGCCUCAGCACAGCAUCCCAGACAUCUUCAUCUGGAUGAUGAGCAACAACAAGCGCGUGGCGUACGCCCGCAUCCCCUCCAAGGACAUCCUCUACUCCAUCGUGGACGAGGAGACCGGGAAGGACUGCGGCAAAGUCAAAGCCGCCUUCCUCAGGCUCCCCGGGAAGAAGGGGUUCGGGCCGGCGGGCUGGACGGUGCAGGCCAAGCUGGAGCUCUACCUGUGGCUGGGCCUCAACAAGCAGAGGAAGGACUUCCUGUGCGGCCUGCCCAACGGCUUUGAGGAGACCAAAGCCGCCAGGACGGGGCCAGGGCUCCAGUCCGUGCCCCCCAUCAGCCUCGUCUACAACAUGAAGCAGGUGUUCCAGCUGAGAGCCCACAUGUACCAGGCCCGGAGUCUGUUUGCUGCCGACAGCAGCGGCCUCUCGGACCCCUUUGCCAGGGUCUUCUUCUCCUCACACAGCCAGGUCACGGAGGUGCUGAGUGAGACGCUGUGUCCCACCUGGGACCAGCUGCUGGUGUUUGACGACGUGGAGCUGUUCGGGGAGGCCAGCGAGCUGAGGGAUGACCCCCCCAUCAUCGUGGUGGAGAUCUACGACCAGGACACUGUGGGUAAAGCUGAGUUCAUAGGUCGGGCGUUUGCCAAGCCCAUCACCAAGAUGUGUGACGAGCACUACGGCCCCCCCCGGUUCCCCCCGCAGCUGGAGUACUACCAGCUGUACCGCGGGAACAACACCGCGGGGGACCUGCUGGCCGCCUUCGAGCUGCUCCAGAUUGGCCAAGCAGGGAAGGCCGGGCUCCCCCCCAUAGACGGGCCCACCGACCCUGAACGGGGACCCAUCCUCCCGGUGCCCCUGGGCAUCCGUCCGGUUCUGAGCCGCUACCGCAUAGAGGUGCUGUUCUGGGGCCUGAGGGGCCUGAAGAGGGUGAACCUGGCCCUGGUGGACCGGCCCCGAGUGGACAUAGAGUGUGCCGGCAGAGGGGUUCAAUCGGCCCUCAUCCAGAACUACAAGAAGAACCCAAACUUCAGCUGCCUGGUCAAGUGGUUCGAGGUGGACCUGCCGGAGAACGAGCUGCUCCACCCUCCUCUGAACAUCCGAGUGGUGGACUGCCGGGCGUUUGGCCGCUACACCCUGGUGGGCUCCCACGCCGUUACCAGCCUCCGGAGGUUCAUCUACAGCCCCCCCGACAAGACCUCCAACAACUGGGCCAGUGCAGCUAAGCUAAUGAACGGCUACAUGGUCCUGACCAAUGGCGGCUCGCGCUCCGGCUCCUCACCCAGCCUGUACUCCCGCCCCCCGUCCCGCACCCUCUCUCGCCCCGCAGGUGAUAUCAUCCUCAGCAUGGACUCCGAGCCCUCAGUCAGGAAGAUGGACACCGUGGUCAAGCUGGAGGCCACAUCUGAUGCAGUGGUCAAGGUGGACAUGAAGGAAGUGGAGAAUGAGAAGGACAAGAAGAAGAAGAAGAAGAAGAAGAAGGGCGAGGCAGAGGAGGAGGAGGAGACUGACGAGAGCACGCUGGACUGGUGGUCCAAAUACUUUGCUUCCAUUGAGACACACAUGGAGAUCCUGAAGGCCCAGGAGGCGGCCCAGGCGGAGGCAGAGGAGCGGGAGGACCUGGAGAUCGCUGCGGAGGGAGCAGAUCUGAUCCACCCCGACGACCUGCUUACCAAAGGCUCAAAGAGCAGGGACAAGGGCCGAGACAGGAGGGGGCCCAAGGACAGGAAGAAAGCCGGCCACGUCAUGGAGGGCCCAGAGAAACGAGGCCCCAGGCCCCGAGUGGACGAGUUGCUGGUGUACAACCAGGAGCUGGAGGAUGAGUAUGGUAACUUUGAGGACUGGCUGCACACCUUCAACCUGUACCGAGGCAAGGCCGGGGACGACGACGAGCGCGCCCUGGACGACGACCGGAUCGUGGGCAGGUUCAAGGGCUCCCUGUGCAUGUACAAGGUGCCCCUGUCCGAGGAGAUCACCAGGGACGCGGGCUUCGACCCCAACAUGGGCAUGUUCCAGAGCAUUCCUCACAACGACCCAAUCAACGUCCUGGUGCGCGUGUACGUGGUCAGGGCGACAGACCUUCACCCUGCCGACAUCAAUGGCAAGGCAGACCCUUACAUCGUCAUCAAACUGGGCAAGUCGGACUUCCGUGACAAGGAGAACUACAUCUCCAAGCAGCUCAACCCCGUCUUUGGCAAGUCCUUCGACAUCGAGGCCACCUUCCCCAUGGAGUCCAUGCUCACGGUGUCGGUGUACGACUGGGACCUGGUGGGCACAGACGACCUGAUCGGGGAGACCAAGAUUGACCUGGAGAACCGCUUCUACAGCAAGCACAGAGCCACCUGUGGCAUCAGCUCCACCUACUCUGUGAACGGAUACAACGUGUGGCGGGACCCUAUGAAGCCCAGCCAGAUCCUGGCCAAGCUGUGCAAGGAGGGCAAGCUGGAGGCGCCUCAGUACGGCCCCGGGGGGAAGGUGAAGGUGGCCAACCGCAUCUUCGUUGGCGCCGCCGAGAUAGAAGACGAAAGCGGUAUGAAGAGACAGACGGAGGAGCACCUAGCUCUGACCGUGUUGAGGCACUGGGAGGAGAUCCCCAGGGUGGGCUGCCCCCUCAUCCCCGAGCAUGUGGAGACCCGACCCCUGCUGAACCCGGACAAACCCGGCAUCGAACAAGGCCGGAUCGAGAUGUGGGUGGACAUGUUCUCCAUGGACAUGCCAGCGCCCGGGCCCGCCAUUGACAUAUCACCACGGAAACCCAAGAGAUAUGAUCUCAGGGUGAUUAUUUGGAAUACAGACGAAGUAAUACUGGAGGACGAUGAUUACUUCACUGGGGAAAAGUCCAGUGACAUAUUUGUCCGGGGAUGGCUGAAAGGCCAGCAAGAGGACAAGCAGGACACGGAUGUGCACUACCACUCGCUGACGGGCGAGGGCAACUUCAACUGGCGCUUUGUCUACCCCUUCGAGUACCUGAUGGCCGAGGAGAAGAUCGUCAUCUCCAAGAAGGAGUCCAUGUUCUCCUGGGACGAGACCGAGUACAAGAUCCCGGCCCGCCUCACGCUGCAGGUCUGGGACGCCGACCACUUCUCCGCCGAUGACUUCCUGGGUGCUAUCGAGUUGGACCUGAACCGGUUCCCUCGCGGCGCUAAGACGGCCAAGCAGUGCUCCAUCAACAUGGUCCGCAAGGAGCUGCAGCUGCCCACCAUCUCCAUCUUCAAGCAGAAGAGGGUGAAGGGGUGGUGGCCCUUCGUGGCCCGUGAUGAGAACGAUGAGAUAGAGCUCACGGGUAAAGUGGAAGCAGAGCUCCACCUAAUGACAGCGGAGGAGGCUGAGAAGAGCCCUGUUGGUCUGGGACGCAAUGAGCCAGACCCCCUGGAGAAACCAAAUCGCCCAGACACCACGUUCCUGUGGUUCUUGAGCCCGCUGAAGGCCAUCCGCUACCUGAUCUGCAACCGCUACAAGUGGCUGAUCAUCAAGAUGGUGCUGGCCACGCUGCUUCUCAUCAUGCUGGGCCUCUUCCUCUACAGCAUGCCGGGGUACCUGGUAAAGAAGAUGCUAGGGGCCUGA